CAAAAUAGGCCGCCGAUUACAGAGACUGGGAGAGAGAGAGAGAGAGAGUGUGUGAUGGAGAAGAGAGAGGGAGAAGGAGAAGGUGAAGAAGAACAGGUAGUGAAUCCAUGGACGGUGUCGGCUAAAGGUGGCGGGAAAAUCGACUACGAUAAACUCAUUGACCAGUUCGGCUGUCAGAGGAUCGACCAGUCGCUCGUCGACCGUAUCCACCGCCUCACCUCACGUACUCCCCACGUGUUUCUCCGCCGCGGCGUCUUCUUCGCCCACAGGGACUUGAAUGAAAUUCUUGAUGCUCAUGAGAGAGGAGAGAAGUUCUAUUUGUACACAGGAAGAGGACCUUCCUCCGAGGCAUUGCAUUUGGGUCAUCUUAUCCCCUUCAUGUUCACUAAAUAUUUGCAAGAGGCCUUCAGGGUUCCUCUUGUUAUUCAACUUACUGAUGAUGAGAAAUGCAUGUGGAAAGAUCUGACCGUGGAAGAGAGCCAGAGACUCGCCAGGGAGAAUGCCAAGGACAUUAUUGCUUGUGGUUUUGACGUAACAAGAACCUUCAUUUUCUCUGAUUUUGAUUAUGUUGGUGGUGCUUUCUACAAGAACAUGGUGAAGGUUGGAAAGUGUGUCACAUAUAAUAAGGCUGUUGGAAUUUUUGGUUUCACCGGUGAAGAUCAUAUUGGAAAAAUUAGUUUUCCACCUGUGCAGGCAGUUCCAUCAUUUCCAAGUUCCUUUCCACAUCUUUUCGGUGGCCAAGACAAUCUUCAUUGCUUAAUUCCUUGCGCGAUUGACCAGGAUCCUUAUUUUAGAAUGACACGAGAUGUCGCUCCACGGAUUGGAUACCAGAAACCUGCGUUGAUUGAGUCUUCUUUCUUCCCUGCCAUGCAGGGAGAGACCGCUAAAAUGUCGGCCAGUGAUCCAAAUUCUGCCAUUUAUGUAACUGAUUCUGCAAAGGAAAUUAAGAACAAGAUAAACAGGUAUGCAUUUUCUGGUGGACAAGAUUCAAUAGAGAAACAUAGAGAACUUGGAGCAAAUCUCGAGGUAGAUAUACCAUUCAAAUAUCUCAGUUUUUUCCUGGAUGAUGACGCUAAACUCGAAGAGAUAAGGAAGGAGUAUGGUGCAGGACGCAUGCUAACAGGUGAAGUUAAGCAACUACUUAUUCAGGUUUUGACUGAACUAGUUGAAAGACAUCGUAGGGCUAGAGCUGCUGUGACUGAUGAGAUGGUGGAUGCAUUUAUGGCGGUGAGGCCCCUACCCAAUAUGUUCAACUGAAGUUUGGUUUUGUAUGAUAUGGUGCCCUAAAGUGAUGGCUGUAUUUUCACAUCUAUUGUAAGGUUAACUUAAUGUAAGGGAUGAAACAGUUGUCAGCGAAGUUAUAAUUGUUAAUGUUACCAUCUCCAUCAACUCUCAACUGUAGCAGAAUUUUCAAUUGCAGAAUCCAUUCGAAAAACUGCAAUUGAUCAUCUCCUA